CCGGAAAUAGCAGACAGCUGAAGCAAAUCGUUAUUCUUUGAGCUGCUAGCGUGGUAGCUACCAGGUGGACGACGUUUCCCCUUAUCUUGCACUUCGAGAAUCAAGAACCUGACCUCCGCUGGAGGACUGACCUUGGCCACCCGCCAGGCUGGGCCUCCUUCCUGACUGACACCUUCAGAGCUUUUUCUGCUGGUAUCAUAACAUGGGGAACCUGCUAAAAGUCCUGACUUGCACAGAUCUGGAACAGGAGCCCAACUUUUUCCUCGAUUUUGAAAAUGCCCAGCCCACUGACGGAGAGCGAGAGGUGUGGGAGCAGGUGGACCUUGUGUUGAAGGAUGCACGGAGUAUCUUGGACGAGCUUCAAGCUUACAAGGGAGCGGGUCAAGAGAUCAGAGAGGCCAUCCAGAACCCCAACGAUGAAGCGCUGCAGGAGGCGUCGUGGGCAGCCGUGGUACCCCUAGUGGGGAAACUCAAAAAGUUCUACGAGUUCUCCUUGAGAUUAGAGGCGGCGCUGCACAGCCUGCUGGGAGCCCUGACCAACGAGACGUACGACGACCCCACACAGCAUCUAGAGCGUGAGCAGGCGCUGGCUAAGCAGUUUGCGGAGAUCCUGCACUUCACGCUGCGCUUUGACGAGCUCAAAAUGACUAACCCUGCCAUACAGAAUGACUUCAGCUACUACAGGAGAACGCUGAGCCGCAUGCGCAUCAACAACACUCAGGCAGAGGGGGAGAAUGAAGUCAACAAUGAGCUGGCCAAUAGGAUAUCUCUGUUCUACGCCGAUGCCACGCCCAUGUUGAAAACGUUAAGCGAUGGCACGACUAAGUUUGUCUCGGAGAACAAAAACCUGCCUAUUGAAAACACCACAGACUGCCUGAGCACAAUGGCAAGUGUGUGCAAAGUCAUGUUGGAGACGCCGGAGUACCGAAGCCGCUUCACCAGCGAGGAGACCGUCUCGUUCUGCCUGCGCGUUAUGGUGGGGGUCAUCAUCCUGUACGACUACGUCCAUCCGGUGGGAGCCUUCUCCAAAUCCUCCAAAAUCGACAUGAAAGGGUGCAUCAAGGUCCUCCGAGAUCAACCACCCAACAGCGUAGAAGGCCUUUUAAACGCUCUCAGGUACACAACCAAGCAUUUGAAUGACGAAUCGACCAACAAGACCAUCAAAAGCAUGCUUCAGCAACAGUAGGACUGAAACCCCCAAUACAACCGCCCGCCUCACGCCAAGUUCGGGAGACGACUUUGGUGGAAUCUCUCCCCAACAACAUUGUUGCACAGAAUAGUUUUUUUUUCUUCUUGUUUUGGGUCUUUUAAAAUGGAGAAAGAGCUGCAGCUUUCCCCCUCUUUUUAUGAAAUGCUACUGCCAUUGUCUUUUUUUUUUUCUGUGCCAAAAAAAUUUUGCUGAGAUUGAAAUGUUUUCAGUAAAGGCCAUACAACAAGUUGGCAGCUACAAAAGCAUUUGUGGGUUCUCUCUUUUUAUUACGGUUUCAACGGGGGCGCUCCUUGAACCCAAUUGUAUUUGUUAGCGUUGGUUAAUAUUAUCCAGUUUCUACUUUGGAAAAUUAAAGUGCAAAUUCCCCUGAGGUGUAGGAAGGUGAAUCUUGGCACUGGUCUACACCGUCCAAUGCAAUGCCAUGGUGGCGCUAUAACAGGCGAUAUGCUGCCAGGUUUUCAAAAGCUCACAACCCUCAUCCCGUAUGUAAAGUUUUAACAUUCGGUUCCUAGAUUCACUUCAACACAAAAAACUAAUUUACCUGUAGUACCCUUAAAUUCUGACCUAAAGGAUUUUCCACCAUUUUGAAAAACAUCUAAAUCCCCGGAAUGCCUGAUCUGCCCGUAACUUAGCUUGUAACAACUGUAGAGAAGGUUCUAACAACACCAUAUUUUCCAGACUACAUCAAAAAACCUGGCCCUUACUGACCAAUGAAUUUUCAUGUGGGCAUGGCCUUUCUGUAUUUAAAGAAUUUUAUUCAAAUAUUUUGAGAUACUGGAUUUUUGAUUGUAAGCCAUAAUCAUCAAGAUUUCAAGAUUGAAACAAAAAAAAUUUCACUUUGUGUAAUAAAUCUAGAAUAUGUGAAGCUUUCACUUUUUGAUUUGAAUUACGGGAAAAACGUUUCCAUUAUAUAAAAAUUUUUGAGAUGCACUUGUAUAAGCUAGCUAAACUCUAAAGUGUGGUUUUGUUUGCCCUAGAGUUGACGCUGUGAUAUGGGAAAAACCUUGCAAGCUCUGGCUGGUGGCAACCAUAUUUUUUUUUUUUUAGCUAGA